AUGGACAGGAACUACCACCUCUUUCUCGCUCGAGUGUGCGAGCAGAGCGAGAGGUACGAGGACAUGCUUGAGCACGUUGGCUCACUCGUGACGAUGGGCACGGACCUAACACUCGAAGAGCGAAACCUCUUCUCUAUCGCAUACAAAAAUGUCGUCGGCACAAGGCGGACUGCUUGGAGAGCGAUACAAGGUAAACAAAUACAAACUAGUAUGAGGGUAACAAUUAAUACAAUCUUAUCUAUCAAAUAGAUACACCUAUGUAUACCUGCAAGAACGAGUCUAGUUGACUUUGUACAGUUGUGAGCUUAAUCUUCCUCUUUUCACAAUAAACAGGAAAUGUCGUGAUUCUAAUUCCUAAUCAGGUAUUGCGCAGCGAGAGGUCGGCGAUGAUAAGGAGGAGUUCAGGGAAAUAAUAUCAACCUACAGAAAGACGAUAGAAAAGGAGCUUAGGGACUACUGCACGCAGGUAAGUGCAACUGGCUCUGUUGCUCAUGAGACUAAUAUCACUUCUUCGUCCUCAGCGCUGAAGACAAGCAUAGCCGUAGUCUGAAUUAGUGGACAUGAUUGAAAAACCCAGGUAUUGAAGCAUAUCGAGGACGAUCUGAUGCCAGUAGCUGCGGACAACGAAAGCAAAGUCUUCUGGCUGAAAAUGAAAGGUAUUUUUACAAGAGUGAUCUCAUUUGUUUCUUCAUCUUCAUCUGCUUCUUGACAAGGAUAGUCAGACGACAGACUGAGACUGGACAAGCAAAAUCUUGAAGUAGCAUUAUAUAUAGAUAUAGAUAUGAAAACGAAAAGGAAGCAACUCGAACUGACGACUUUUAUUUUCUCCUUUCACCUUUCCCCCAGGCGACUAUUGCCGGUAUCUAGCGGAGUCACUAGACGACAAUGACGCUCAUCACAAGGCAGCCGAAGACGCGCAUGAGGCCUACAAACAAGCGUCGAAUCUCGCACUGAACCACCUCCCAGCAAUCCAUCCAAUUCGACUAGGACUAGCACUCAACUAUUCGGUAAGAGUUAUCUCUAUUUUUGGGUCUGUGCUUUUAAUCGCUAGGUGCUACACCAUGCAGAACAAGCACGAUGCAACAGCAAUGUUGAGUAUACGCUUAUAGUUAGUAGUAGUUUAUUACAUCCAGCACUUGCAAUAGUUAAUAAAGGUAUAGUAUGCGCGAUAUUUAUGGUGUCCGUUUGAAUUACCAUUCUACUUCUACUUCAGGUAUUCUAUUACGAGAUAUUGAAUAGUGCAGAAAGGGCUUGCCUCCUCGCGAAGGCAGCCUUUGAUGAUGCCAUACCGAAAAUGGAGCAUCUAGACGAUGACAACUAUAGGGACAGCGCCACCAUCAUGCAGCUUCUCCGCGAUAACCUAACGCUGUGGACUUCGGACGUGCAUCCGGUGAACGAAGAUCAGCUCAACGUGGAAGAUGUCGAAGCGUGAAGAUGAUCUUCUUGCGAAGCUGCGAAAGUUGUAAAAACUGGAACUUCACCACCGCGCUUCCACUACAACUACCAGACAACACUUCAACAACAACAUACAACCUAUACUUUAUUGUACAGUACAAAAAAUAUUGAAUUGAGUUUUCUAGACUAUGUAUCAUUUGCUGGAUCAAAGUGUUGAAGAGAAAGAGUUUGAAAUUCUGAUUCGUAUACGAUUUUUGACAACAAGUACAACAACAACCUCUACUUUUACAACUCAUUUAAGCUUAUACUUCACCGAUUCUGAUAGCACAGCAAGGGCAUGCUCACUGGAAUUCGAACAAGACGAUGGACCUGCUCGAUAAUACACGAUGAUUUCGAUUUGGCCGACUCAGUCACCCGGCGGACUCUGGCGCUUUUACACAUCAUCCCCCCUGACUCCUCUAGUAAGUAGCCACCUAACACCACCUGUAGUUUUUUUCAAGUAACAUCGAAAAAUAGUGGAGGAUGAGAUGUCGGCCAUAAAACUACGUUGAUAUUACGUAAACAGAGUACUUGCAACAUAUCUGAGUAUUGUCGAUGACUUCUAUUAUCAAGCAACAUCUCAAACAUAAAGAAAAGGAGGUCGGACUCAAAUAAUGUUGAAGCAAGGCAAACGCAAAGAACGGAUCUUCGAAAAUUGCUUAUGCAAGAAUCUCCAUAGAUAUCUAACGAUCCAUUACGUUGGACUGGCACUGGUAGGCCGCACGUGUCAAUGACAAUGAUUCAUUUGCCAGCGCUAGUCGUUUCUUGGUGGCUAUAAAAGUUGCAGACACGACACUACUCUUUCCUCUCUUCAUGAACAUGAUAAUUCCUUAUCAUAACAAGCCCUCAUUUUAAGCAUCAAGCAGGCUUGGCUAUAGAAUUGCGAAGCGGAUGGCACUGGGACCGACACUCUUCGUGGAAUGCUCCUGAUAUCGAGAACUCCA